AUGCCGACCUCCCUCAGCAGAAUCCGUAGCCAAGCAGGGUCCACCCUCACCAGGGUCACCUUGGCCCAAGUCCUCAACGUCCUCCAUGCUCCCCACACGGACUCUGUCAGCUCCUUCCUGACCUGGCGGCCGCCAACGUUCCCUUUCCUGUAUCUCAACGAGUCAUGUUCCACGGGGUUCAUGGUGGAGACUCCCAAGCCUUACAUCUCCAGCAGCAACUUAGACCCCAGGGAGGGUACGGAGACUGUGAUCUUAUCCUGUGAUCCUGACACUCAGGAUGUCAGCUACCUGUGGCGGAUAAAUGGUCAGAGCCUCCCUAUCAGUCACAAGUGGCAGCUGUCCGAAAACAACAGGACCCUCGUUCUAUUUGGUGUCACAAAGGAUACGGCAGGACCCUAUGAAUGUGAGAUGAAGAACCCUCGGAGUUCCAGCCGCAGUGAUCCAGUCACCCUGAAUCUCCUCUUGGAGACUCCCAAGCCCCCCAUCUUCAGCAGCAACUUAAACCCCAGGGAGGCCGCGGAGACUGUGGUCUUAUCCUGUGAUCCUGACACUCAGGACGUCAGCUACUCGUGGUGGAUAAAUGGACAGUGCCUCCCAAUAUGUUUUCCAGUGAAGCAACCUGGUAAAAACAGGAUCCUCAUUCUACCCAAUGUCACAGGAAAUGAUACAGGACCCUAUGAAUGUGAAAUAUGGGACCGAGUUGCUAGCACCUGCAGUGACCCAGUCACCCUGGAUGUCCUCUGUAUCUUUGUUUCCUCUGUGGGCCAGGCCACCAGCUUAAAUCCAAACGACCAGAGACCAGACAUCUCAGUCUGUCUCAAGUCCACUUACAGACAAUUUUAUUUCUGGACACCCGAGCGGGACAUGACUCCCUGCCCUGGGAAAACCUGGGUAGGCACAGCCUUAACCAAGAACAUAAGGGGAAGGGAUGCUCUUGUCAUGGGAGACUUGGGGUCUACAGCCUGUGAUGGGAGAAACUGGUGAAUACCUCAGGCCUUGUCUCAGUGAACACAGAAGGGGUUUGGCUGGGACUUGAGGGUGUGUCUUGGCUCAGGGGGACACUGUGUCAAUUUAAGAGACCAGGAGCAUCCCCUUCCCUUGGACGACAUCACCUGUGGCUUUAUUCUCUUUACUCCAGAUGGUCCACACAUCCCCAGCAUUUUCCCUUCAUUGACCGACUACCGUUCAGGACAAAACCUCUACUUGUCAUGCUUCGCGGACUCUAAU